CAAGGGUGUACGCCCCUGUGUAGAGGGUGGGCUCAAGAUGGCGGGAGAGGCGUCUGGGCGAUACAGAAGCACCAUGAGCAAGAGCAAGGACCCCUCGGGGCUGCUCAUCUCUGUGAUCAGGACUCUCUCCACCAGUGAUGAUGUCGAGGACAGAGAGACUGAGAAGGGCCGUCUGGAAGAAGCUUAUGAGAAAUGUGACCGGGACUUGGAUGAGCUUAUUGUUCAGCACUACACGGAGCUCACCACAGCUAUCCGCACGUACCAGAGCAUCACGGAGCGAAUCACCAACUCACGCAACAAGAUCAAGCAGGUGAAGGAAAAUCUCCUGUCUUGCAAAAUGUUGCUGCACUGCAAACGGGAUGAGCUGCGCAAGUUGUGGAUAGAAGGAAUUGAGCACAAGCAUGUCCUGAAUUUGCUGGAUGAAAUUGAGAACAUCAAGCAAGUGCCCCAGAAGCUGGAACAAUGCAUGGCCAGCAAGCACUACCUCAAUGCAACUGACAUGCUGGUAUCAGCAGUGGACUCUUUAGAGGGUCCUCUUCUUCAGGUGGAGGGACUGAGUGAUCUGAGGCUAGAGCUUCACAGUAAGAAGAUGAACAUGCACUUAGUCCUAAUAGAUGAAUUGCACCGUCAUCUAUACAUCAAAUCUACUAAUCGUGUGGGACAACGGAACAAGGAGAAAGGGAAAAUAAGUUCACUUGGGAAAGAUGCCUCUCCCCUACCUCUUAUUGACGUGACCAACUUGCCUACACAUUGGAAGUUCCUUGACGCCGCCCAGUUCAGCACUCCCGGGAGCUCUAGUGUGCGAGAAGUGAGUGUGCUGGAGAUUAAAGAAGAUAUGGAGCUGGAUCCGGAGGAGAACAGUACUGUCUUCAUGGGGAUCCUCGUCAAAGGGCUGGCCAAACUGAAAAAAAUCCCUGAGACCGUGAAGGCUAUCAAGGAUCGUCUGGAACAGGAACUCAAGCAGAUUGUCAAGAGGUCCACAACGCAGGUGGCAGACAGUGGCUACCAGAAAGGAGAGAGCCUUUCCCAGGAAAACCAGCCUAGGUAG